GAAUCGCGCGGCACCAUGGCAAACCUCGACUCGUUCCGCGGCGUCUACAAGGUCGUCGACAAGCAAGACAUUGAUGUCGACAUUUACCUUCCCCAGGAGGAGAGACAUGGAAGCAGCUCACAAAACCCCGUUAUUAUUGACAUCCAUGGCGGAGCUUUCAUGCUGGGAUCCUUCAAGAUGGUCAAUAUGGACCAGAUUGAUGACUGUCUCACCCGAAAAUGGAUCGUCCUUGUUCCCAACCAUCGUUUGUGCCCGCAGGUCAAUCUUCUCGAAGGUCCAAUGCAGGAUUGUCGCGACCUUCUGGCUUGGGUGCAUGACGGCGGGUUGAAGGCAGCCAUCACUUCUCACACAGAUAUUCCCUACGCACUGGAUUUGGAUCAUGUGUUUGCGUUUGGCACAUCAUCUGGAGGCACAUUAGCACUUAGCCUGGGCUUUGGCGUCCCUCGCCCGGUGGCAGGCAUUUUCGACAUGUACGGGCCAUGCAACUUUGCGGACGCUUUCUGGAAGACGACAUUGACAGAAAUUAAAUCAAAACUGCCCACCGAUCUGUCUGAAGAUUUCAUCAACCAAGUCUUCACUGAAGAUCCGGUACCCAUUGAGGGAGGCGUGUCGCUGGAGGGUCAGCGGGUGGGAGGUCCCAACUUCAGCGAUCCGCGCCAGGCGUUUGCCUUUACGCAAAUUGCCAACGGCAGAGUGAUGGAUGCCAUUUUCCCGUCGGGAGAUUGGGAUAAGGUCGACCCGAUUAGAAACAUCUCCAGCAGUUUCCCGCCGACAUUUAUUGUUCACGGCGAUGAGGAUAAAAUGGUACCCCAGUAUCUCAGCGAAGGGUUGCUCUCAGCACUGUCUGAAAAUGGCGUCAAGUGCGGAAUGAGAGGAAUCCCUGAUGAAGGGCAUACAUUUGCGGCCAAAAUGAAAGUUGGCUCACAGACGUGGAACCUUCAGCGGGAAGGAUUCGACUUUCUAGAGAGCCUGAUUUAA